ACUUUACAGAUUGAGGUAUAAUAUUCUGCAAAUUUGUUUCGUGUACUAUGACCCAUGAUUAUAUUUUUGCCAUGCAUUUGUUUCAUUUAUAUGCAGAAAUAUGUUUUUCAUACAAUAUCCCAAUAUAUUCCUAACAAACCGUUCCCUUUUUAUUUUCUUCGCAUGACACAUGGUUUUAAUCAAUUUAGGAAUAGAUACAUGUGGUUCUGGAGGCAUGUAUAUAGGAGAAACAUAUAUAUACACUUUUCCUAAUACUAUAUGGUUUUAUCAAACAGCAUCAGAAGUGGAGAACUGAUAAACAAGGUAAAGGCCUUUGAACUGAAAUUGCUAGUUCCCCAGACCCCAGAGUCUUCUGCCUAGUUUGGCAUCACUAAAGGGAUAGUGACUGAGGCAAAUACUAAUAGUUUUGACACUGACUGGGGCAAAUACUAUACAUGAUGUAAGCCGAAAAUAAGCCGGCUAAGGAACACCCCUCAUAUGACAUUUGGCAUUACCCAAGCUCCAAAUUAUGUAUCUGCCUCGGACAGAUUCUACUCCAUCAUCUCCAGCAAAAUAUAAAGUAUGGCGUGCAUAAGCUUAAUCUUGGUCAGGUAGGUUCACAAGUACAGUAUAAUCUAAUCAAAGUUAGAAAUGAGAGCAAAACAGAGAAGUUACCUUUGUUAGGAUCCCAAGCACCAAAGCCUCCCAUGCCGGCCGGCUGACCGUCGUCCAUGGUUUCCAGCUUUGUCAUCCUCGUCCUCGCCGUUGUUGCAUCUCUCGGCGUCGGCGCCGCUGCUGCAAUUGGCAAGCAGGACAAGUUCCUGGCUCCAGUGCAUCCUUCCUGCUCGACCACUGGCAACUACACCGAUGGCAGCCAGUUCAAGAAGAACCUCGACGAGCUCCUCGCCGCCCUCCCCGCGGCUGCCAGCAGGAACGAUGGGUUCUACAUCGGCACUGCGGGGGACUCGGGAUCUCCCGACCAGGUCUUCACCCUCAUCAUGUGCUAUGCCGACCACGACGCGGCAGAGUGCCUGGAAUGCCUCACCGGAGCGCCGGCGGGGAUCAUGGCCUUGUGCCCUGGCAGCCGGGACGUGCGCGCGGCAUACGAUGCGUGCAUACUCCGGUACUCACCGGUGUCAACCUUUGCAUCAACGGCCGACCUUGACAUCGCUUUCUACGUGAAGUACACCGCGCCCAUCCCGGUCGAUCCGGUGGCCAUGGCCAGGGUGUGGCUUCCGCUGAUGGCCGACCUCACGGGACAGGCCGCUGGGUCGCCGGCGCGGGCAGCGAGUGGGAGCACGCUGUACGAUGCCUCGUGGCGGGUGUUCGGGCUGGCGCAGUGUACGAGGAACCUCAACGCGAGCGAGUGCAGCCGGUGCCUCUCCUCCUUGGUCGGCAAACUGCCGGAGCUGUUCCAGAACGAGACCGGUGGCGCCGUCAAGGCAUACAGCUGCUACGUGCACUACCAGAUCGGCCCCUUUGACAUAACCCUUCCACCUGCAUCAGAACCCCCGCCGCCGUCGUCUCCAAAGCCCGGAGAAGCAUCGUCUUCUUCAAGAACAAGGCUCCUGAUCGGCAGCUCCAUUGGUGCCGUGUCGUUCUUGAUCAUUCUGGUUGGUGUCUUGGUCUGUCUCCUUUUCCGACGACGGCAAAAGCACCCAAUCACUGCCAAUAAGCAGGCAAAGGGGCAAGAGCCGGAAGAUGGCAAAUUCUCCGACGGCGACGACCCAGCCAUGGAAGACGACUUCGAGAAAGGGACUGGGCCCAAGCGGUUUCACUACGGUGAGCUGGCCAUCGCCACCGACAACUUCUCCGACAAGAAGAAGCUCGGGGAAGGAGGUUUCGGCUCCGUGUACAGAGGAUAUCUCAAGGAGUCGAACCUCGAGGUGGCCAUCAAGCGAGUCUCCAAAGGUUCCAAGCAAGGGAAGAAAGAAUAUGCUUCCGAGGUGACGAUCAUAAGCCGACUCCGGCACCGAAACCUGGUGCAGCUUAUCGGCUGGUGCCACGGCGGGGGCGAGCUGCUCCUUGUCUACGAGCUGAUGCCCAACGGCAGCCUUGACACGCACCUCUACGGCGGCAAGAACGCAGCCGUGCUGCCAUGGCCGGCCAGGCACGAGAUCGUGCUUGGACUGGGCUCUGCCCUCCUGUAUCUUCACCAAGAGUGGGAGCAGUGCGUCCUGCACAGAGACAUCAAGCCAAGCAACAUCAUGCUGGACGCCUCCUUUGCUGCCAAGCUUGGCGACUUCGGGCUUGCCAGGCUCGUCGACCAUGGCAGGGGCUCGCACACCACGGUGCUCGCCGGCACGAUGGGGUACAUGGACCCGGAGUGCAUGACAACCGGCCGGACCAGCGCCGAGUCGGACGUGUACAGCUUUGGAGUUGUCCUCCUCGAGAUUGCCUGCGGCAGGCGGCCUCUGGCGGUGGCAGAAGAGGAACAGAUGGUCCACCUGGCCCAGCGGGUCUGGGCAUCAUACGGCAUGCGAAGGGUUCUUGAUGCCGCUGACGCGCGGCUGGAAGGGGAGUUUGACGGCGAGGAGAUGGAGCGUGUGAUGGUCGUCGGGCUCUGGUGCGCGCACCCCGACCGGAGCCUCAGGCCGUCCAUCAGGCAGGCCGUCGGUGUGCUGCGGCGCGAGCAGCCUCUGCCGACCCUACCGGAGAGGAUGCCGGUGGCAACUUUCUUGUACGUGCCCCUACUGGUUGAUGGUUCAAGUUCCACGUUGUCUACUGGUGUCACCGGCGCUGGCGGCAGUGGCAGCAGCGGAACUGACACGCCGGCGGACAAGUCGAUGUCGAUGCGAAGCAACACGGUAGUGGAUGGACAGAUCACUGGACGCUAAAUGUUGUAAAGGGACAAAUUAAUACGCUCAGUUUGCUAACACGAAGUAAUUUGUUAAUUAUCCUAAUUUCUGAUUAUUCCAUUAAAAUCGAGCUAUUGUGAUAGCAAAUAACUGUCUCAUUAAAUUCAGUUAAUCACCAGAACGGCUUAUACUUC